GAAACUGGAAUUUGCAUUUCGCUGCAUUUCAUACCAUUUGCAUUUGGGUGUUUGUAUAUAUGUAUAUAUAGAAAGAGAAGGGAUUUGCUUUUCCUUUUGCUACUUUUAUGAGCUUUUCCUUUCCUCUUCUUUUCUCACUUUCUUUGUUUUUGUCAAUGCAAUGUGUAUAAGAAGGCGGUAUUAGUGGGGUUGGGUUGCUUUUUUGCUUUAUCUUUAGACCCUCUUAAGAAAGAUCCACACAUGGGCAAAGUAGUUUCCUUUGCAUAGAAGUCUUCUGCUUUUAUUUGCUUCUCUAUUGCAGAUUUUGGUGUUGCUAUUAUUUUCUCUUUUUGUGAGUGGUUGUGGGUUCAUUUUGGUUUUGUGGGAUCCUUGGGUUUUAAGUUCAGUUGCAGUUUCAUUUUUGUUGGGCGGGGUUGGAUUUGUGUAGUUGAGAUUUUCUUCAUUUUCUGGGAUUUCAAGAGGAGGGAGAAGAAUGGCAGGGGGAGGAGCGGCGCCACCGCCGAAAGCGGAUGAGUUGCAGCCACAUCCAGUGAAAGAUCAGCUGCCCAACAUUGCUUAUUGCAUUACUAGUCCUCCACCAUGGCCUGAGGCUAUUCUUCUUGGAUUCCAACAUUACCUGGUCAUGCUAGGCACCACUGUCCUCAUUCCUAGUGCUCUUGUUCCUCAGAUGGGAGGUGGCAAUGAGGAGAAAGUGAGGGUAAUCCAGACACUACUGUUUGUUGCUGGCUUGAACACACUGUUCCAGACUUGCUUUGGAACUCGGUUACCUGCCGUGAUUGGAGGGUCAUACACCUUUGUCGUCCCUACUAUCUCGAUUAUUUUGGCCGGUCGAUAUAGUGAUAUUCCAGACCCUCAUGAUAAAUUCAAGCGGAUCAUGCGUGGAAUCCAGGGCGCCCUGAUUGUUGCGUCGACACUUCAGAUUGUCCUUGGCUUCAGCGGCCUUUGGCGAAAUGUCGCGAGGUUCUUGAGUCCACUCUCAGCAGUCCCUUUGGUAUCUCUAGCUGGGUUUGGGCUUUAUGAGCUUGGUUUCCCAGGGGUUGCCAAGUGUAUUGAAAUUGGGCUUCCACAGAUAAUUGCCUUGAUAAUUUUUUCACAGUACAUACCCCACGUGAUACACUCUGACAGGAGUGUCUUUGAUCGGUUUGCUGUUAUAUUUUCGGUUAUUAUUGUAUGGAUUUAUGCCCACCUCCUUACUGUUGGUGGGGCAUAUAAGCAUGCAGCACCAAGGACACAAUCAAAUUGCCGUACUGAUAAAGCCGGGCUUAUUGGUGCUGCUCCAUGGAUAAGAGUUCCAUAUCCAUUUCAAUGGGGAGCACCCACAUUCGAUGCAGGUGAAGCUUUUGCCAUGAUGGCUGCUUCAUUUGUUGCUCUUGUAGAGUCAACUGGUACUUUCAUUGCGGUGUCAAGGUAUGCAAGUGCGACACCAUUGCCGCCUUCUAUUCUCAGUCGUGGCAUCGGUUGGCAGGGAAUAGGUAUACUGUUGGAUGGUUUGUUCGGGACAGUGAGUGGUUCCACUGUAUCUGUUGAGAAUGCUGGUUUGUUAGCAUUAACUCGUGUUGGAAGCCGAAGGGUUGUGCAAAUAUCAGCGGGAUUCAUGUUAUUCUUUUCUGUUCUUGGGAAAUUCGGAGCUAUAUUCGCUUCCAUUCCAGCACCAAUUAUUGCAGCCUUGUAUUGCCUUUUCUUUGCCUAUGUGGGUUCGGCAGGUCUCAGUUUCCUCCAGUUCUGCAACCUCAACAGCUUCAGAACCAAGUUCAUCUUAGGCUUCUCUGUUUUCAUGGGCCUCUCUGUGGCACAGUACUUCAAUGAGUACGCUGCAGUCGCUGGUUAUGGUCCAGUUCACACUAAUGCAAGAUGGUUCAAUGACAUUAUCAAUGUGCCAUUCUCUUCAAAAGCUUUUGUUGCGGGAAUCAUAGCAUUUUUCUUAGACAACACGCUGCUUCGGAAGGACUGCGCUACAAGGAAAGAUAGAGGUUACCAUUGGUGGGAUAAGUUCCGUUCAUUUAAGACAGAUACCCGGAGUGAGGAAUUCUAUGGCCUACCUUUCAAGCUCAACAAGUUUUUUCCAUCCGUAUGAUUGAUUAAUCUGGUCUGGUCGGUCACAUUGUCGUUCAAAAUCGCUGCGAGCCGUCUCCCAAGAUCCUUUGGGUGCCGGCAUAGUGCCUUUUUUUUAAAAAUUUUAACAGU